CCUGAUCGCGCGCUCCCGAGCCGCUCCGUGCAGGCGAUGGGCGGGGGCAGAUCCGCGUGGGGCGGGCCGGGGCGGGGCCGGGGUGCGGAGCGGCGGCGGCGGGGUCUUCGCCCGGCCCAGAGGUGUGGGGCCUGCGGCUGUGUGGGGGAAAGAUCAUGUGCAGCUCCUAGCCAAACGUGGCUGGCUCGCAGCGCACAGGACAGAUGAGGCACCACCCAUCCAUCAUGUCCGACUGGAUGCUCCUCGGGCUGAUCGCAGUGCUGGUCGUGCUGCUGCUGCUCACCAUCUUUGCCUUCGCCGUCUACUCAGGGCUCUUCACAGAGGUGGUGGUGAGCGCCGGCUCGCCGCCCGUCGGCAGCAUCACACUGGCCUACAAGUUCCGGGUGGGCCCCUAUGGAGAGUCGGGGCAGCUCUUCACUGAUGGCUGCAGCAUCUCCUCGAAGCUUUGCUCCAUUGGUGUUUACUACGACAACCCGCACACGGUGUCUCCUGAGAAGUGCCGCUUUGCCAUCGGCCGAAUUCUGAGCGAGGGGGAUGCGAAGCCAUCAGAAGAGCAGAUCAGACGGUUCCAGAAGUACGGCUUCAAAAUCUUCACCUUCCCCACACCCAGCCACGUGGUCAUGGCAAGCUUCCCGUUCACCACACCUCUGUCCAUCCAUCUCGCAGUCAACCGUGUGCACCCAGCCCUGGACACCUACAUCAAGGAGAGGAAGCUGUGUGCCCACCCCAGGAUUGAGAUCUACAAGGAGGACCGCAUCUAUUUUGUGUGCCCCCUCGCCCGCCAAGGGGACUUCUAUGUUCCCGAGAUGAAGGAGCUGGAGAGGAAGAGCAGGGCAGCAGCCGAGGUCGAAGACACCCAGACUGAUAUCACAGGGGCUGACACCAUGAGCGAGGCCAGCUCCAUCAGCAUCGAGGCCACGACCGACAGCAGGGACACCUCGGUGGCCACCUCUGUCCUGCUGCCCUUCCCCACCAGUCGUGGCCGGGAGGAGGCUGACAACCGCAGCGAGCACAGCUACAGCGAGUCUGGAGCCAGCGGCUCCUCCUUCGAGGAGCUGGACCUGGAAGCUGCUGCGGAUGGGGAGGGCACCGCGGGGCUGCUGCUCACCUCGGGCUAUGGGGAAUCCCAGGAGCUCACAGACAAGUGGACCAAGGAGCCCAUCGCUGCUGAGCGAGGAGAAGAGUAGAGCCGGACCUGGGCCCCGGCUUCGUGCGCCUCUCCUGUCUCCUUCUUUGGCACCACGACAUUCCAGGCACUGAUCCCUCCUGGGGCUGCUGCCCUUGCAGGAAGGGGAAUGCAGACGGGGCUGCUUGGGUGCAGGCAGUGACAUACGUGCACCCCCUGGGUGCAUUUCCAGGGGGAAGUGUGGGUCUCCCCUUCUCUGCUGGUGCCCCUUUCACCCGCAGCAUCUCUCUGCCAACACGGACGUGUGUUCUCUAGCACCAAAGAGCCAUGAGUAGGGUUGGUUUGUUUUGUUCCCCUCUUCUCUUUCCCUUUGCUGCAAAUGAAAACAUCCAGUGUCAAGCUGUCCUGGACCUGCCACAGGCGUUUCCAGGGUCUGUAAUAAAGUGGAUGCUUUUCCUCCA